AUAAAUUCUCAAGUUGUUCUUCACUGUUUAUCGUUGUAACAUCGCUACUGUCCGUCUUCCAACCCAAUUACGAUAUGAAUUCUUCUCCUGACGAUUAUUGCGCUCCUCCGCCAAAACUCCCAAGGACUAACAAUGGCGACAAGCCAGCCAGAGAUUGGUCUGAACUUCCUCAUGAGCUUAUAGCAAUCGUUGCUGAUGGCUUAGGCAUAAUUGACCUUCUCAGCUUUCGCGGUGUUUGUAAGGAUUGGAAUAUUGCUUCUCGUACAGCUUCAGCAGAGAUUGAAUCCUCGCCAUCACGUGAACCUUGGUUUCUACUUUACGGCGAAAGUUCUCAAUGCCUCCUCCUGAGUGAAUCCGGUAAGAAAUACACCAUCAAUAUCCCAAAGCUGAACAAUGGUGGAGCCACUUGCAUAGGAUCAAACAAUGGCUGGCUUCUUAUACUUCAACAAAACUCUAUUUUCUUCUUCUGUCCAUUCUCCGAUGCAAAAAUAGACCUUCCCAAGUUGCCUAGCUCAGAAUUCUCGGAUUAUGCUGCUUCGUUUUCAUCUCCUCCUACUUCCAAAGAUUGCAUUGUUUCUGUCCUUUGCCAGAAUAAUACAUCAGAUAUGGAAUUGUAUCUUCUUCGCCGUGGGGGUAAUAACUGGACAACCCACAAGCACAGGUGUCCCCAUGAGAGACCACCUAAGAAAAUCAAAUGUGCAGUUUACUGUGAAGAUGAGUUCCAUUUUUUGGACGAUGCAGAUAAACUAGUCACAUUCUCAGUCAAGGAUUUCCAGUGGAAAAUCUUCAGGAUAAUUUCGCAGGAUAAGCCUGGUGUUGAAUCAAUACCAUAUUACAUGAGAAAGAAUUCCUUCAAGACGAAGUGUAUGAAACAACAAUUAGGAUUGGGAGAUGAUGUGUCGAUUUCUAUUUGUGGGACAGCAGUACUAGCUAUUGCCCACCCAAAAACAGAAAGGAUCAUCUUUGGUGAGCUCAUCAAUCCUCCUCAACCUCAAGAAUCUGAAGCUCGUAGCCUGAAAGGGGUGUGGAUCCAGCCUCGUUUCUUUUAUGUACCUGCGGAUCAGAGUUGGUAUGCUUCAAGUUAAGCUCUCUAUAUUAGGAUUAGAUUUGUUAUUUUUUUUGUCUGUUAGUAGAUUGGGUGAUAGGAGUUGAAUUCGAAUGGUCGUAAGACUUCGUACGCAUUUACCAACCCAUUUAAAGAGUGACAUGCAUUAAGUCACUAACGUAGAAUUGAGCUUUUUCAAGUUAAUCAUUAGUCUUCAAUUUUGUGACCUA